AAUCCAUCUUGAUUCACUAAAAAUGGAAAAUAAUUAAAAUUCAGAUGUUUAAUCCCAACCACCUUUGACAAUAUUCCCCAAUUGCUCCAAUAUUGAUGAUGAUUAAGAAUUAGAAAAUUUAGAGAUAGAAGAACAAAAGCAAUAUUUUUCUCAAUUAUUUGAGGAAUUAUGUGCUUACUCUAUUAAUCCCUAGGAGGAAGUCUUCAUUGACAAGAAAAGGACUAAUAAAUUCAGCCAAUUCCGAAGAGGAUCCUAUAAGAUUAUGAAAAAACAACAAGAAAGAAAAAGAAAGUAGCAAAUAAUUGAGUAACUCCUCUAAAAACAAUAAAAAACAGACUUUAUUGAAUUUAAAUAAAAGGAGUGUAAAGAUAAGUGCAUUUCAGAAGAAAUGUAGGUAUAAUAAGGGGAAUGGCAAGGAGACCACUGUAUUCAAGUUUAGGAGCAUGAUGUCAUUCCCCUUGGCUACGUGAUAGAUGGUUAAGAUUUAAUGCUCCUAAACGAGAGUGCAUGCAAUGUCAACAAUAAUGACAAUUGUUUCUAAUUAAAUAAUAAUAAUGAAAUCAACAACAACUAACUAUUAAUGAAUGCAUUCGAAAUACCAUUAGCACUAGCACUACGUUUGCCAAACCUUUGAGUUGCCCCCUUGUUUCUGAGAUGCUCAGAAAAAGGGGUUGAAAUAAAGUGCGAUCACUAGUGAAGUGACAAUGCUUUCAUCAACACCUAUAAAUAAUAUCAUUUUUCUAAA